CAGCGGGCCGGAGCGCGGGCGCGGAGCGGGGCCGCCAUGCGGGGGGCGGCCGGGCGCGCUCUGCCGCUGCUGCCGCCGUUGCUGCUGCUGCUGCUGCUGCUGCUGCUGCUGCUGGCGGCGGCGGCGGGGCCGGCGGGCGGCGAGGAGGCGAUCCAGUGCCCGCCGUGCUCGGAGGAGCGGCUGGCCCGCUGCAAGGCUCCGCAGGGCUGCGCGGAGCUGGUGCGGGAACCCGGCUGCGGCUGCUGCGCGACCUGCGCCCUCGGCCGCGGAACCGCCUGCGGGGUCUACACCGCCCGCUGCGGCGCGGGGCUGCGCUGCUACCCCCCCCGCGGCGUGCCCCGGCCCCUGCACACCCUCAUGCACGGCCAGGGCAUCUGCACCGACCUGGCCGACGUCGAGGCCAUCCAGGAGAGCCUCCAGCCCCCAGAGAAGGAGGAGAUCGACCACCCCAACAACAGCUUCAACCCCUGCAGCAUCCACGACCGCAAGUGCCUGCAGAAGCAGCAGGCGAAGCGGGUCAACAACGGCAACAAGAUGCGCAACAGCGGGAGCCCGUACCACCGCGAGGAGACGCGGCCCAUAGCGCAGGGCUCGUGCCAGAGCGAGCUGCACCGGGCGCUGGAGAGGCUGGCGGCCUCGCAGACCCGCACGCACGAGGACCUGUACGUCAUCCCCAUCCCCAACUGCGACCGCAACGGCAACUUCCACCCCAAGCAGUGUCACCCGGCGUUGGACGGGCAGCGGGGCAAGUGCUGGUGCGUGGACCGCAAGACGGGGGUGAAGCUGCCGGGCUUCCUGGAGCUGAAGGGGGACUUGGACUGUCACCAGCUGGCGGACAGCAUGUGAGCACGACCGCGGCAGCCCCGCGCCGUGCCGCGGCCAGGACAGCCACCGGGGCUGCGUAGGAGAGGAAGAGAGGGGACACGACUGCCGAGCAGCUCCCCGAUGGCAGGGGACCCCAAAACACGCCUCGGAUCGCCGCCAUGCUCUGCGCCACGGGCUGCCCACGGCACGGGGCACGGCACCGCGACCUGUGCCAUGACCACUAGCCGCCACUGCUGAGGGGUCCCCGGCAUGUGCCGGCGGCACCUCCAUCCCGCACAGACGCUUGCGUGGACAGACGCUGCCCUGGGAACGGCGUCGGGCGGCCGGGGUGCAGCGGGUGGAGAGCACCCGCCAUGUGCUGCUGCCGCCCCUCGGUGCUGCUCCCGCAGCCGCCGCUGCCCCGUGGUGCCCCCCCUGGUUUUCACCCCGGCCCCUCCGUGCUGCGGCACGGCCGGGGGACCCGGAGCGUGGCGGAGGCUCCGCUGCUGCCCCAUCCACCCCAGACCUCUGCGUGUGGUGGCAGAAGCGCCUCACCCUGCCGUGCCACGGCUGCCCGGGCAAGGAUUGGGGGAGCCCCUGCAACGGCGGGGGGGCCCAGAGAGACACCCCCCCGCCCCGCCACUGCCUGCCUGGGGCCCUCCCUGGCUCCGUCUCGCCCAAAGGGUGGGCGCGCGAUGGGCGUCGCGGCCGCACCGAGCAAUAGGAGACCGUCCCCCUCCCCGCUGCAGCCCCCAGCCCCACGGCCCGGGAACCACCUGCCCCCCAGCCCAGCCCCAUCCCGCUCCCUGCGCGGGGACAAAGCCGGCGGCCGCAGCGUUUUGCUCCUGCCCAUCCUGGGUUGGGCUCCCCCGCCCCCGGGUGCAUCGUGUCCCCGCGAGCGCGGGGUCCACGGGGAGGGCUGGGGGCCGAGGGCUGCCCAAGAAACACCUCCCAGCAGGAAGGGCUUCUUUAGUUGGUUUUUUUUUGUUUUUUUUUGUUUUUUUUUCUUCCCCAAAGAUUUUUAAUAUUUAAAAAAUGUCAUUGGUGGGAUGUUAAAACCCCCCCCGUGUGGCCCCUGGGGCUGAAAUCCUCCAUCGCCGCGGAACGGGGCACCGCUGGCGAUGGUUUCUGUCGUCUCUUCUUCCAACUUGGCCAACGUGACAAAACCGGGACGAAUCUCUGGAACGUCUCAGCGACGGGAUCUGCGGAUUUCGCCAGCGCAAAGUUCUCAGAUGAGAAAUUGUCACUAUUUUUGUAGCUAUUUUUUUUUUUUCUUCUUUCUCUUUGAAACCCUUCUGUGGGAGCCAGCUGGGCUGGAAAUUUUUCACCUAAAUGUCUUCUAGGUGAGAAAUGGCCGUGCUGGCUGCCAUGGCAAGUGUGCCAAAGACGAUUUUGUCGUUCCCGCCCUGACCCACCCCCUGUCUCUGGUUGGUUUUCCGUGUGGUUUUGGCCCGGCCACGCCGGUGGGUGCCACGGCCCCCGAUGGGAAUGAAAUGUUUCAGUUUUAGUGAAACACACUUUUUUUUCCCCCCCUCCCCGUUCCCCAGCGGCGCCGCGGGGGGUGCAGGGCGUAGUGGGUCCGGCUCGGCCACCUGGACCCCCGCAGGCGGCCGGGGUGGCGCCGGCAGAGCCACGGAGCCUCUCCCGGUUUUGGGGUGGCCGGGGAUGCCGGCGCUCGCUGGGGCACGUUUCGUGUCCAGCUGAGAGGGCUCCAGCGUUUCGUAUCGUCUCUCCUGUAGUUUAAGGCUGUAUUUACACACGAUCAUAUACCAGCGUAAGGCUCCCCGACCCCACGCCGACGUGAUUUCUCUCAGUUCCUCCUGGGCCAAGCCCGUCCCUUCGGACUCCCGUGUAGCACCGACUCUCUUUCACAGUAAACUUGAAGCUUUGUAUCGUCAAAAAGAAAAAAAAAAAAAAACAACAAAAAACCAAAAACCAAAAAGGUAAUUACCGUAUUUAAUUUUC